AUGCUUACUUUAAAUCUUUUUCCAACCUCAAGUGUCACUUUCUCCAGAUCUGGUUACAAGUAUCCAAUUAAUGAUUCACUUUUGGGUCAAAAACUUGUGAACGAGAACCAAAACCAGAGAACCCCACAUGUUCCAUCUCUUCCACUCAACAAACACAUCUCUCACCUUAAUGAACCUAGGUUGAGUUCAAGCUUCAUCAAUAUCCAUGGCUACUCACUUGGGUCUUUUUCAAAUCCCACAUCUCAUAUCUCCAACCUCAACAUUUUUGGACACCAAGUUGGGUUUUCUUCAAAACCUACUUCUAAUAUCCCUCAAGCAGCAUCUAGAACCUCACAAGAAGCAAACCCGAAUGGAGAAAUUGAGGUUUCAAAGUCCAACAAAUCCCUUCAACUUCUUGUCAUUUUUGGCCUCUGGUACUUCCAAAACAUUGUGUUCAACAUCUACAAUAAAAAGGCUACGGCUAAGAAGCCGAAGAAAGAUGGAGGUGAAAAGAAGAACUAA